GGUGUCUCUCCAGAUAUGAUGGAAAUGAUCAUCACAUUUGCCUACACAAAGACUGUGCCUGUGACAUCAGAAAAUGUACAGCAACUGCUCGCUGUAGCCGACCAGCUUAACAUACUGGGACUUAAAAACCUCUGCAGUGAUUUCCUUGAGUCUCACCUCUGCCUCGAAAAUUGUAUUGGGAUCUGCAGGUUUGCAUAUUAUUAUUGCUGCCCAGACCUGAGACUCAAGGCAUUCAGGUUUAUCUUGUACCAGUUUGAGGAUCUGGUCAGGGUGUCAGAGGAGUUUCUGCAGCUAAGUUUUAUUGAACUGUCGGACAUCAUUGAGAAAGAUGAGCUCAAUGUCAGUAACGAGAGUCAGGUGUUUGAUGCUGUCAUGAGGUGGAUCUACUACCAGGCUGAAGAACGCAAAGGAAUUCUUGCCGAUCUUCUCCCUAAGGUGCGCCUAGCAUUAAAAGACACAAAGCAUUUUCUAGAGAGUGUGAAAAAAAGUCACCAUAUGAGUGAAAAUGAGGAAUAUAAACUUUAUGUUCUCAGAGCCAUGUUGCAGAUGAUAUAUGAUAUUGGCAUUAAUGAAGCAAUUACUCAAGAGGCCAGCUGCUCCACUGCUCACUGCCGCCUCCCCUACAGCAUUUUGUUGUCUAUUGGGGGCUGGAGUAACAUUCACCCCACCAAUGCAAUUGAAGCUUAUGAUUCACGUGCUAAGAUCUGGACUGAUGUGACAUGUGAAACAGAGGCCCCCAGAGCCUACCUUGGAACAGCUUAUACAAAGGGACACAUUUAUUUUAUUGGUGGAUAUGACAAUGUGGAGUACUAUAACAGGGUGCGUAGGUUUGACCCUGUGCAAAAGGUCUGGCAGGAGGUGGCUCCUAUGCAUUCCCGCCGCUGUUUUGUUAGUGUGGUUGUUCUCGAUGAUCUCAUUUAUGCCAUGGGAGGAUUUGAUGGUCACACCCGUCUUAAUACAGCUGAAAAAUACAAUUUAGAGGCCAAUCAGUGGACACUGCUGUCUCCCAUGAAUGAGAGGAGGAGCGACGCCAGUGCAACCACACUGGAUGGGAAGAUAUACAUCUGUGGUGGAUUCAAUGGGGAUGACUGUCUCCUCACGGCAGAAGUCUACUACCCUGAAACAAAUCAGUGGUCCCUGAUUGCACCUAUGACAAUCCAAAGAAGUGGUGUGGGAGUGAUUGCCUAUAAAGAUGAAGUUUAUGCAGUAGGGGGCUUUGAUGGUGAGAACAGCCUGAAUACUGCUGAGGCCUACUCCCCCUUGACUGAUACCUGGCGCUCUGUCUCAUCGAUGAUCACUACACGCAACAACUUUGGCAUUGAGACAAUGGAGGAUCUCCUCUAUGUGGACACAAGAGUGGCUAGGUCGGCCUGUCAGUCACAUGGAUUACUGACUGUGUGACUGAAGACAGUUUUGGG